AUGGUUGACACUUCCAGUAACCAGCUCCCCAGCUCCACAGGACCCAAGCCAAACUCGAAUAUCAAUCCCGCUUUCAGGUAUCUCGGCAUCCCCACCUCUUGGCUGAGUCGACAAGGAACCGAUGGCCCAAAAAUACGAUUGCCAUCGGCAAAAACCAGCGGGUUUUUGCUAUCGUGUGGCUCGUUGAUCUCACUAUACCUCUACGACCGUCAGCAAUGUAAAAAAAUCAAGCAAAAAUAUAUCCGACAGGUCCAACACCUCUCCGAAUCUCUCGUUUCAGACUCCAACGAUGACAGAUUUCUGAACGCCGAUGCUCAUUGGAUGCCGCGAAGGGUCACUGUUUACGGAGCUAGGGUUCCGGAAGAUGUUGAUGUCGAUCGGGGAACCCAAUGGUUCAAAAAAUAUGUCAAGCCUAUUCUGAUUGCAGCUGCAAUCGAUUAUACCAUCCACAACGGAACUACGCCUGGUGCCCUGGGACGAAAAAUAUCGGCUGAUAUCCGUGAUCAGAGAGUAAUUCAAGCUGCUCAGCAGAAGGAUGGUCACGAAGUACCAGCUCUUAAACCCGGAAUGCCUGGCUAUCGGGAAUGGCAUGCAGAACGAAAUAGAUUGGCCGGCGGAACCUUGAUCCUUGGACGGGCCACUUUAAAAGAAUACCUCUGGGGACUCAAACACGGUUACGAACAACACAUACCAUUAGAUACGCUUGAUGAAGAUGAACGAUUUUCUAAGGAAUUGGAAGAAGCUGGGAUUUUCGACCUGGACGACCACCCCGGGGAGUUCAGUUCAAAUGAGGAUCCAACUAUGCCUGAAGGUCUACGAAGUGUUCAUGAACAACUAAAGGAAACCGACGGCCACGAUGAGAGUCCCUUCGGUUCUUCGUCAAUUAACGAUAUGCCUGCACCUUCUCAGCAAAAACCCCCAAAUUUCUUCAACUUUUUCUCUCAACCUUCCGCCAUCCCAUCCUCGAAUUCUUCGACCAACAACUCCACCAUCAAGACUUUGGCUCCGACUCCGAUUCCAUUACAAGCUCCGUUACUCUUGGUUCCGUUUGAUCAUCCAAUAGGAAUCCGGUGGUGGCCCCUCAAGAUUUAUAGAUUUUUUAAUAGAAGGGAGCAAGUGGAAAUGGGAGCCCAAACCGCAAUGAAACUGGUCCGAUCUCAAACUCGUCCGAUCGAGCCACCCAAACAGCCCGCUGGACUUAGCGACUUCCCAAAGAAUUGCUCAUUGAUUGGGAUCAAGGCGACAGAUGUUGAAGAUGUAAACACUCAAAUCAACUUGACUGGUUCGCAAGAUUUGGACCACUUGGCUCCGGACGCGGAUCGACAUCUGAGAAGAUCGUAUCGAAAAGUUGGCAAGAGAGUGAUCGAAGAACGGGAUAUGUUUCGGAAAGAAUUGAAGGAUCGAUUGAGGAAGUGUAGACAAGAAACGGCAGAUGAUUCUGGAGGAGCUGGACAGGGCGAAGCUCUGAACGAGUCUCAGUUACGUCAGGAAGCUUUCCAAAAGGAGAGGAAGUGGUCCGAUCAAUUACAUGGCUGGUCGAUCGUUCGUCAAGGUAGCGGUAUUUCUUGGAGUCCUGAUAUGAGUACCGCUUUAAGCAUAUACGAAUCCAAUGAUGAAGAUCCUAUUAUUAGAGCUAGUGACAAUCAAUGUCAAUAA